CGGCAACCGACAGACACCAAGGAUAGCAGCGAGCCUCAUGACAAUCCAUUUUUCUCCAGCUGCUUUACUCUGCCUCUGAAGACGUUGGCUCUUGUUCCAAAUAACGUCACUACAAGCCAUGUCGGAUUCUGGGUUGGCUGCACGCCUGGCCCGUUUCAAGCCCUUUCCGACGUCAAAACACAAGGUUGACGAUGAAGAUACUGGUGAUGAAAUCGACUCGUCCACCGUUGCGGGAGGUGGCCAUGCGGCUCGAGAAAGUGACAUUACGAGAAGUCAAUUAAGGGUCAGCCAUGCUUUGAGGUCAUUCCUGGUCCAUCAGGGCGUUCUCUCCGAAGAAGAUGCCGGCGCACACGAUCCAGCAAGCACACCUGGGCCCCUAUACGAUCUCAUUGAGAAACCGCAUAUCAAUGUCCCACCCUCCGUUACUGAUAGAAGUCAUGCUCUUCCAGAGUACUUCAUAAGUUCCAGCCACAACACUUACCUGCUGGCACAUCAACUCUAUGGGCAGGCUUCCGCCACGGCUUACGAGACAGCACUGAAUGCCGGGGCCCGUUGCGUCGAGAUAGACGCCUGGGACGACGAGGACCAUCCAGAGGAGCCCAAGGUCACCCAUGGUUACACUUUGACCUCUCAUAUUCCAUUCCGCUCUGUUUGUGAGACUAUGCGCGAUUUUGUCGACAGAGAAGCAGCACAAGCUGCCAGCAACUCCGAGAUUCGACCUGCACCAAUUUUCUUGUCACUUGAAAACCACUGUAACGCUCAAGGUCAACAGCGUCUGGUUGAUAUUAUGACAGUAGUGUGGGGUGACCGCCUCCUCAGCAAACACGUUCGGGAGAAAGGCCAUCAAGAGCAACAGGGUACUGGCGAGCAUGUGACUCUCGAAGAACUUUUGGCCAAAAUCGUUGUCAUUGUGGAAUAUCACUACCCAGAUGAACCCAGUGAUAGUGACGAUGACCCCAGCUCAAGCAGUGAAGAUGAAGCGGAAGAUGAGAGACGAGCCCGAGAGAUCUACAAUGAAACCAAGAAGUCCGCUCCUCCUACUGCUAUCAUUCCUGAACUUGCCGAGCUAGGAGUCUACGCCCAGUCAGUUAAGCCCCAGAACACCUCCUGGUUCAGCGAAGUCGGACUCAAAGAGCCUCACCAUCAUCUUAUCAACGUAUCCGAGACCGGACUCAGCGCUCACAUGCCGGCGGAGAGUGACAAGAUUGCUCGACAUAACGCUCAACAUCUGAUGCGCGUAUACCCGAAGGGCACGCGCAUCUCAUCCAAGAACCUCAACCCUGUCCCUUUCUGGGCGCUGGGUGCUCAGAUAUGUGCUCUCAACUGGCAGACAUUCGCGGCUCCACUGCAACUCAAUGAAGCUCUCUUCAGCGGCUCGGAUGGCUACGUCUUGAAGCCUGCUGCUCUCCGCAGUGGUGGCAGCGGAAAGCUCAAUACUGGGAAAAAGAAGAGACUACGUCUUCACGUUGCCGGUGCUUCCGAUGUUCCAAUUCCGCUAGGCCGUGAAGCCACCGAUAUCAAACCCUACCUAACAUGCACACUGGUCCACCCUGAUGAUGUCGACAACGAGCCAACGAAGCGCAAGACAGCACACUACAAGCAACAUAAACUCGGCUUUUUCCAUUCUGGGGAGAACCCGCCGGCAAAGGAUCCAGUCUGGGACGAAACACUCGAGUGGCAGUAUGAGGACAAUGAGAUGGUCUUUCUUCGAAUGCUGAUCAAGAGUGACGAUAGCUUUGCCAGAAACCCCAAGCUGGCGGUCGCUGCGGUAAGGCUGCUGUAUGUGGCUCCUGGAUGGAAUUUCAUCAGGUUUCUGGGAUUGGCAGGGGCAGAAACAAGCUGCUCGUUGCUUGUGAAAUUUGACAUCGAGGACGCUUGA